AUGAUGCAACGAAUUUCGGAAUCGCGCAGGAUAUCCUUUCCCCAAUGCUGGUUAGCCCUACUUUGUUUUCUCUCUUCGACAUCGGCGCUUGCUCGUCAAGGCACGGUUUCGCGAAGGGGUAUCCUAGAAAUCGCCGGUGGGAUUGGUCUUGUGACAUUGGCUCCCGCCCAUGCAGAAGAAGAUCUUUCUCAAGUUGUUGAAGUCGUGGCCACUGGAGAUGCAAAGAAACUUUUCAACGAAGGUAGAGCACUGGAAUCGCAGGGAAAUAUGGCAGCAGCGCAAAGAAUAUACUCGAAAGUGACCAAGAUAUCACCACGGUUUAUCUAUGGCUGGAGUAACCUUGCAAAUACACAAGUUGCUUUCGGUGAUUUAAGCAGCGCCGAGGAGAAUUAUUCCAGGGCAAUUGAGCUGUGCAAAGAGAGUAUGGAUGGGAAUGAAGAGAAGUUUGGCGUUCGACGUUGCAACGACAUGUAUUUGCUUCGUCUGAACCGCGGGUCGGUCAGGCUGAACAAUGGGAUGCCACAAGAGGCGCUUGUUGAUCUUCAACAAGCAAGCAUUUUGAAAGAACGUCCGGAUGCAAUCAUUCUACAGAAUCUUGCUCGAGCGAAAGAGUUGAACGGCUUGUACUCUUUGGCGGACAAGGAUUACAACUUGGCUAUAUCUAUGACUGCAAACGAAGUGAGCCCAUUUUGGAUACGGUCUGCCCUCUGUAAAUAUCAGCUCGGAAACAGAUCUGAAGGAUUCGAUAUUUUAAAAAGAGUGGAAAAUCGCUUUCCAGAAGCUCCCGAAGUACGAUCUGCCUAUGCAGUGUUCUUGGCCGCUAACGGAGAUCAAAUCGGAGCGCAAAGAAAGUUUUUGGAAAUUCCAGAUCGUCAACGAUUGAGAUAUUCCGAUAUCGACUAUCUUACCAACGUAAUCAAUUGGCCUUCUUCUAUGAUUCGUGACGUGUCCAAACUUUCUGAGGCUGUCGGGGACAACAAAAGAUAA